AUGCACACUUCCGAUCAGCCGUUGAAUGUUAAUGCAGCUGGGGAUGAGUCAGUUGGGCACUCGAUUGCCGGUAAUGAGUUAAUUCAGCACAAUGCUGCUGAUGCUCCCCAUCGAGUGACCCUUUCGUUUUGGGACCAUGUCUUUAUAUUUGACAGUGUUCCUUAUGAAAAGCUACAAACCGUGCUAUUACUUUUGGGAGGAUUUGCAUUUGAUCGUGCUAAUAAAGACGCGACGCACCAUAAGUGUAAGGACCCAAAGAGGGAAGAGCAUGUAAACAAGUAUCGGCUUAAGAGAGAAGAACGGUGUUUUGAGAAGAGAAUAAGGUAUAAUGUCCGUCGAGCGGUGGCGCUCAAGAUGAAGCGUAAGAACGGGCGAUUUGCUUGCAAGGAUAGUGGGCAAACUUCCAUGGAAAUUAAUAGGGUUGAUGAAAGUCCUCCACAACUUGCGUGUACUAAUUGUGGCAUAAGUUCAAACGACACGCCAAUGAUGCGGAGAGGCCCAGCUGGAAUGAGGUCUCUUUGCAAUGCUUGUGGACUUUUCUGGGCAAAUAACGGGAUUAUGCGAGAUGCUUCUAAAACAUUUAAAUACAGUCACAUACUCCAUAAUUUUAUUAAUUCAAAAGAUCAUAGUAAUGGGUCCGAUCAUGAGACCGCUAUUUGA